CAGUUCACUCGGACUCUCUGUAACAGUUCAUCGAUAUGAGUAAUCAUCAGUUCACCGGUUUGGUGCUGACAGUAUUGUGUGGCACGACUGCACUGGGAGGACUUUUACCGGAUUCUGGAAGCAAUGGUUAUCAGUACAAUAGACCAAACGGUGGAAUUCUUGGUGAGCCAGGGAGACGUGUAGGUUAUGAUGCUUCCGGUAGAUUCCUUCCAACUGGAAAUGGAUUCGACUCUCUUGGAAGACCGAGUGGCACUUACGGUGGUCCUGGCGGAUUUGGUGGUUUUCCAGGGCCCAUUGCAUAUACUGGUAGACCCAAUGGUGCAUAUCCCGCUGGAUACAACGGAGCUUUUCCAGGUGGCGUUCCACCUCCAGGCUACGAGGGAAUUCCGGGGGUUUAUCGCAACGGAUACAAUGGGGACAAUGGUCCACCGAGACCGUACAGUUUUCAAUACGAGGUGCUAGAUCCACCAAGCGGUAACGACUAUGGUCAGCAGGAGACCAGCGACGGAAAUGUCGUGAGGGGCGAAUAUCGAGUACUUCUACCGGACUCUAGAACUCAAAUCGUAAAAUAUACAGCAGACGAUGUGAAUGGAUACAACGCGGAUGUUCAAUACGAGGGGCAAGCUCAGUAUCCCAGACCCACUGGUUAUCAAUUCAGUGGACCGCAGGGUUCUUAUCAGCCGGGCUUUGGGCCGGGAUUCGCGGCGUAUCAGGGUAGGGGUGGCUUUGGGGGGCCGUCAGUGGGUGGAUUUGGUGCUGGUGGUGCAAACGGCAACGGCAUCUUUGGAGGUGGUGGCGGCGUUGGUGUAGGCACCAGUCCCAGCAAUCAAUACUUACCUCCGGGCGGUGGUUAUGGCAAAUGAUCGCGCCGGCCAAUUCAACUCUCCUUCCCUUAUCCACUUUGAAAUCUCUCAACUAUUCUCCCACCAACUCUUUCAUCGUGUACAUCAUUCAAUGGAUUUAUCCAGAUGCAUACAGCUGAAAGUGAAGCAGCUCAUCCAUCAUCUGUGCGAGAUGAUGCUUCGCGUGACUUGUGUAAUUCUCAUUAUUAUCGCAUAGACAUAUUAUGCACGAAUAUACUCUCGCUAUGUACAUUCAACCAUGAUAAUCGCUUUUACUAUUUUUUCUUCAAUUCUGAAAAAAAAACAUCUGUAUAUUGCUCCAAAUAAAGAAGAAGUAAAAAAUAAUAAA